AAGCGGCGACUGGCAAGUAGUCCCUGGGGUUCCCCCCGUAAUGGGAUAUCGGCUGCUACCACGCCGCCGAUGGAAAAUACUAUCGGGUCAUCCUCGAGCUUGUAUGAUCGGCGACAACAGCAGGAAGAGGAGGAUUUGAGACUUGCUAUCCAACUUAGCCUUGAGGAGGUGAGCAGGAGCACCUAGGCAACAAUGUUCACAAUACUUUAUAAAUUUAUGUGUUUGGUUUUUGUUUUAAAUAGAGUAUGCAAAUGCGAUAAGAUGGGGUUACAUUACCGCAGACUUUUAUUCCAAGAGCGGGAGGAUGGGGUGGAACAAGUUGUAUAAUUCUGUCAUGCUUCGUUGAUUUUUUGGGCGUGGAAAUUCUCGAUCGUCUUGACAUCAUAUGCAUGCCACCGAUAUCAUUUACUUAUAUAACCGGCACUUUCGGCAAUCAUACAUGCCUUUCUUUCUUCCUGACUGCCAUGGUCUCUACGCUGUCGGCGCCACGACCUUUGUAACUCCCGUGAGGCCAUCCCGUAUAUACGGCACUGCAAAAUUGCCCAAUGGGCAGCCGGCUCUUUGCCUAGACGAAGUCGCGUUUACAGCGUACUAUCCCUCCAACAGGGAUGACAAAUCUUGGAAGUCCAGACGUGGAAUUGACUGGUUAAACAGACCUUUGAACGAGACCUGGCGUGGUUUUGUCAGUUUUGCACAGAGCUUCCCGGCAUGGCUUCUGUGGCCUUUUGUGUUCUUGUACGGAGCGUUUAUAAAGGUGCCUGUAUAUCACAAUGCGCCGCUCCUUCGAACGAAGCAGUGGCCCUUGGUCAUCUUUUCUCAUGGACUCGGAGGCAGCCGUACCGCGUAUAGCCAGAUAUGUUCGAGGAUAGCAGCUUCUGGCCGUGUCGUCUUAGCCGUUGAACACCGAGAUGGCACCGCUCCUGCUUGUAUCACUAGAGAAUGGAGUACAGACGGUACCCGUACACUAAGAGUAGUAAGAUAUUUGCAAGAGAAGGAUGUUCGAUGGGAACAGGAACCCUCGUCCGAUUCUCUAUACCCUCUCAGGAGGGAUCAGUUGAUGCUUCGAAAGCAUGAAGUAUACCUUGCACAUUCCGUCUUCUCUUCACUUAUACGAAAAGAUGAGAAUUUGCUGCUGGAAACUAUCGAUGGCACUGCUAUAGACUGGGACAGUUGGUGGGCCCGCGAAGACGAGGCGGAAACGGUACAGUGUAUGGAAAACAUCACUUUGGCCGGCCAUUCAUUCGGAGGCUGCACUAUAUUCCAUAUUCUAUCCACGGAACAUCCUGAAUGGGCUGCUCCAAUACCAGUUACCAAUACGCUGAUAUUCGACCCAUGGCUAGAUCCUCUGCCUUUCCCAUCUCCUGGACGUCCCAGUGAAGAUCCUAAAGUCAUAUGUUUCGAAGAUGCAAUGAAGCGUAAAAUCUCGCUCCCUAGACUUUUAGUCAUCAAUUCAGAGAAAUUCACUCUUUGGAAGGAACACUUCGAACGUCUGGAGAACAUCGUGAGGUCUUGGGGCGCUGAUGGAAGUUUGUUGACGUUAGUACGCGCCCGACAUGAAUCAUUUUCUGACUUUCCUCUCUUGCCCUUGGUUCGGGAUAAGAGCAAUCUGGGAUUCAUGAAUACCAUAGAACGACUCUCUAAUGCGUUUUUGGACAAUCAAUUGAACGAAACCCUGAACACUGAACUAACGACAAAAAUGGGAAUUGAGAUCGUUGGGAAGCGGAAAGAUGGCCGGCCGAAGAGACAGAUAAAGGGAGGUCUCGGUAACAUUGUCGUACAUCAAGUGUGUCAUUUUGCGAACUGAAUACUGAUAAUUUUCCCCCAAGAUUUACUUUUCAAACGAACCUCACCAUCCAAAAGUCAUCUGGUUGGAUUUACUCUUUCUAGCCUGUGAGACUCCGACCACACCAAACCUCCAAGCAACCUCUAUAACAGCAGCACCGUUCAUUUCGGAUACCCUAGCGGAUACACUUGCAUCAAUGAGCACCAACAGCAACACCCGACUUUGGAAACACUGCCUCGUGUCUACCCCAACAACUUCCUGAUGUAG